UAGUGGUAUAGACAACCCCACUGAGAUAUGGCCUCUUUUUCCAUCCCAUAUGAUUGAGUCCUUAAGGGAUCUGGAAUCAAUUAAAUUGUGGAAGUGUGAUUCAGUGAAAGUUAUAUUUCAACUUGAGGAACUAAAUGCUGAGGAAUCUCAUGUGGCAUCAGUACUUGAUCAGUUGAGGGAACUGGAUCUGUCUGAUUUACCAAAACUAGAGCACAUAUGGGUGAAGGGUCCAGAAAGGAUCACGGGUUUUGAAAACCUGAGAUUCUUAGCAGUACAGGCAUGUAACAGUUUGACAUAUUUGUUAUCACCAUCCAUAGCAAAACUGCUUGUGAUGUUAGAGGAUAUAAAAGUUAAUAACUGUGAAAAAAUUGAAGAAAUCCUUGAAAUAGCAAGCGAAGAAGAGAAAGAAAAGAAAAUUUCAUUCUACAAAGUGAAAUCAAUCUGGCUCGAGGACUUACCAAAUUUGAAGUGUUUUUGUAAUGAAGUCAAUGCUUUUAAGUGGCCAUCGUUGAAGAAAAUAACGGUAAUUAGAUGUCGUGCUUUAUGCACAUUUGUUCCAUCUGAUCUAAUAAAUACACCUAAGCUAGAGGGAGUUUACGGUCAAAAUGAAUCGGAUCAACAAACAAUGUUUCCGUGGAGGAGAGACCUCAAUGCCACCAUACAAGACAUGUUUAAAGGAGAGGAAAAACAAGUCGAUCAAGAGACACGACUUCAAGGCAAAAAUAUGUCAUCUGUAGAAGGUGAUGAAGACUUGAUGAACAUGGAAAUUUGCAAACCGAUUACAGAAAAAAUUAAAAACUUGUUAGAGCGAAUCAGACAACAGAUUGGCUAUCAGAGUCACCUAAAUAGCAACAUCAAGAAUCUCAAAGAUCGAUUUGAGAUGCUGCAUGACAAGAGAUUUGGGGUGGAAUUACAAAUUGAUGAAGCAGAACGGAAUGGACAGAUAAUUGCACCUGUGGUUAUAAGAUGGGUUGAAAAAGUACACAACAUCAGUGAAGAUCUUGAAAGAUUCCUUGAUGAUGUCAAAGCAAAUAAGACGUGCUUGGAUGAAUGGUGUCCCAAUCCGAAGACACGUUAUUCCUUGAGUAGGAAAGCUAAGAAGAAGACUCUGGAAAUUGAUGGGCUUCUAAGUGUAGCCCCAUUUGUUACUAGAAUGUACUAUUCUCCUCCUCCGCUGGUAAUGAGAUCUUUACCCAUAGAAGGUAUUAUGCAUCUUGAGUCAAGAACAAAAAUGAGGAGAGAAGUUUUAGAGGCACUACGAGCUGACAAGGUCAAUAUGAUUGCCAUAUGCGGUAUGGGGGGGAUAGGGAAAACAACAAUGGCAAAAGAGAUAGCGAAAAGAGCAAAAGAUGAUAAGUUAUUUGAUGAAGUUGUCAUGGCAGUGGUGUCCCAGACACCAGGCUUGGAAAUGAUUCAAGGUCAAAUUGCUGAGAUGCUAGGACUGGAAUUUGAUGAAGAGUAUCCACUUGCAAGAGCAGAACGAUUAAGAAAAAGACUAAUGGAUAGUAAGAGUGUUCUUGUAAUAUUAGAUGAUGUUUGGGAUGCAGUUGAUUUAGAGGCUGUUGGAAUUCCUUAUGGAGGUGAACACAAUAGAUGCAAACUCUUGUUGACAUCACGAAGUGAAGACGCCUGCACUCGGAUGAAAACUCAGAAGAUUUUUCCAAUCAGAGUUUUAUCUGAAGAAGAAGCAUGGAAUCUUUUCAGGGAGAUGGCAGGUAAUUGUAUCGAUACUCCCAAUCUACACCCAAUAGCAAAAGAGGUUGCAAAGGAAUGUGGAGGUCUACCAGUAGCUAUUGUAACUGUUGGAAGAGCUCUAGAAAACAAAAGCGAGGUUGAGUGGACUGCUGCACUUCAACGGCUAAAAAAGGCUAGCCCAAAAAAUAUUCCCGGUCUUGAUUUAAAGGUGUAUUCCAGUAUAAAGCUCAGUUACAAUUAUUUAGGAAGUGAUGAAGCCAAGUCAUGCUUUUUGCUAUGCUGUUUAUUUCCGGAAGAUUAUGAUAUUCUCAUUGAGGAUUUAGUCAGGUAUGGGGUGGGACAAAGGUUGUUUGCAAAGAUAGAUACUGUGGCAGAAGCAAGAAAUAGAGUCCAUGCAAUGGUUAAGAAUCUCAAAAGAUCAUUUCUACUGUUGGAUAGUGCAGAAGGAAAAGAACAUGUCAAAAUGCAUGAUGUUGUACGGGAUGUUGCAAUAUCAAUUGCAGAAAAUAAAGGUUUUCUGGUUCGAUGUAAUGAAACAAUGGAAGAAUGGCCAGAAAAAGAUUCAUGCGAGUGUUCUACUGCAAUUUCACUUGUAUCCAAAGAAUUGAAAAGGCAUCCCGAUGGCUUGGAGUGUCCUAAACUUGAGCUUUUGCAGCUAUCAUGUGACAAAGACACUUUGGAGACGCUCCCACCCAAUCUAUUUAAAGGGAUGAAUGGUUUAAAGGUUUUGUCUCUAAUAAAUAUGUCCUUUCCAUCACUACCACAAUCAAUCAAUGUCCUUCAAAACCUCCGGACCCUGCAAUUUGUUGAUUGUGAGCUAACAGAUGUGUCAGCAAUUGGAGCACUUACAGAACUAGAAAUUCUUAGCUUUAUUGGAUCUCAAAUCAAGGAGCUGCCAGAAGAAAUGAGAAAUCUUAGUUAUCUAAAGUUGUUAGAAUUGACAAAAUGCAGUGAUCUUGAGCGAAUUCCACCUGAUCUCCUAUCGAGUUUAUCUAGCCUAGAAGAGUUGUACAUGUUCGGAGUAGAUGUGAAGUGGAAGCCUAUGGAAGAGGAAGAAGAGGACGAGGAAGAGGAAGAAGAGAAAAAGAGAGCAAACGCAAGCCUUACUGAACUCAUGUCUUUGUCCCAUUUGGUGGCCUUAAAAAUUCAAAUACCAAAUAUUAAGGUCUUGCCAAAAGACCCGCCCUUCAAAAAUGAAACGAUAAAAUUUCAGAUAUUUGCAGGUAAUAAUGUGAAAAUUGAUGAGCAUAAUUUCACUGAAUAUUAUGAUUAUUUAAUUAAAAAUAGUUUGGGAAUUGCAAGUUGUGACGUAAGUGAUAUUGCGAAGAGUCCAAUGCUUCUUCAACUUUUCAAGAAAUCUGAAAUUUUAAAGUUGAAAGAAAUAAAAGAUUUAAAAAACAUUGUGUAUGAGUUAGACAAAGAGGGUUUUCAAUGCUUGAAGGUUCUAGAAGUUGGUCGAAGUGAUGAUGUAGAAUAUGUAAUGGAUGCCACAUUAGAUCAGAAUCCUUGUGCUGCCUUCCCUACCCUGGAGUCAUUGGAACUGGUGGAUUUGCCUAAUUUAAAAGAGAUAUAUCAUAGCCAAUUCCCAAAGGGAUCCUUUAGUAAUAUCCACUCACAGCUUGCUUGUUUUGGCGAACUAAGAUCAAUUACGCUUGUCUAUUGCAGAAGUUUGAAAAAUGUGUUUUCAUUGUCCAUAGCGAGAGGUUUGUUUCAACUCCAAAACUUAGAAAUAGAUGAUUGUGAUGACAUGGAAGAAUGUUUUCAUAAGGAAGGAGAAGAUGAGAUCAUGUUUCCGCAAUUAACGUCUGUACGACUGGACUCUCUACCAAGACUCAUUGGCUUUUGUACAGGCGUGGGUCCCGUUGAGCCUGUCCAACCAUCCUUGAAUCGAGAGGUUGGAAGGAUCGGCACUGAUGAAGUGACCAAUCUUGAAAAGCACAAGAUGACAGACAUUCAACAACAUACUGUCCCCUUUCCAGAAUCAACACCCAUUAUCUCUCAUAAACUCUUCUCAUCCAACACCAUCUUGUGGCCACCGAAAUUGGAAAAUCUUGAUUUGACGAAAGCUGAUUCACUACAAGUGGUUUUUGAUCUUGAAGGACUGAAGGUCGACGAAAAUCACCAAAGAAUUGCAGUACUUGCUCAAUUGAAAACUUUAGAGGUAAAGUCUUCAUCUAAGUUGGGGCAUGUGUGGAAGAAUGUUCCACGAGGAAUUCAAGGCUUUCAAAAACUAACAUCCAUUAAAGUAAGUGAAUGUCAUCGUCUAAGAUAUUUAUUCCCAACUUCUAUUGCAAAACUGCUUGUGGAACUUCAAAGCAUUGAGAUAGAAGAAUGUGACGCAAUCGAAAACAUUGUUCAAAGAGAUGGAGAAGAAGAGGCAACGGAUAUCAUCCUGUUCCCUAGAGUUAGUUCCUUGAAACUACGAUAUCUGCCAAAUAUGAUGAGUUUUUGUAUCAAAGCUUAUUCUUUUGAAUGGUCAUCCAUUAAGGAGAUUUAUUUGAGAGAUUGUCCCAAAUUGAAAACAAUUGGUUCAGGAAUUCAGAGCCCAAGAAAGUCGAAGAAAAUCAAUAGGGAAAUGGAUUCAAGACCCAAUGAGCAUGAACUUGGGUCCCCUGGUUUUCAUUGGCGAUACCUUGAGUGUUUACCACGUCGCAAAAAUUAUGAUCUGAUGGUUGUGUCAGACCAAGGCACCACCAAUAAAUCCCAAAGAAGCUACUCUGUGAAGGAAGAGGGUACUUUGAGUAAACCGAAUGAUCCAAAAGUUGGUGAUAGCGACAAUCCCUCAGAGAUAUGGUCUCUUUUUCCAUCUCAUAUAAUUGAGUGCCUAAAGAAUCUAGAAUUGAUUGAAUUGAUUGAUGUCCCUUCACUGGAAGUUAUAUUUCAACUUGAGGAACUAAAUGUUGAGGAAAGUCACAUGGCACCAGUACUUGAUCAGUUAAGGGAAUUGGAUCUAGGUGAUUUACCAAAACUGAUGCACAUAUGGAAGAAGGGUUCGGAAAGGAUCUUGGGCUUCGGAAACCUGAGAUUGUUAAAAGUAUGGGACUGUAACAGUCUGACAUAUUUGUUCUCACCAUCAAUAGCAAAACUACUCGUGAUGUUAGAGAAAAUAGAAGUUGGUAACUGUAAGAAAAUUGAAGAAAUCUUUGCAAGAGCAGGAGAAGAAGAGGAAGAAAAGGAAAGUCACAUCGCACCAAUACCUGAUCAAUUAAGGGAAUUGGUUCUAAUGGAUUUACCAAAAUUGGUGCACAUAUGGAAGAAGGGUCUGGAAAGGAUCUUGGGCUUUGGAAACCUGAGAUUGUUAGAAGUAUGGGACUGUAACAGUCUGACAUACUUGUUCUCACCAUCAAUAGCAAAACUGCUCGUGAUGUUAGAGAAAAUUAAAGUUAGUCGCUGUGAGAAAAUUGAAGAAAUCCUUGCAAGAGCAGGAGAAGAAGAGGAAGAAAAGGAAAGUCACAUCGCACCAGUACUUGAUCAAUUAAGGGAAUUGUUUCUAAUGGAUUUACCAAAACUGGUGCACAUAUGGAAGAAGGGUCCGGAAAGGAUCUUGGGCUUUGGAAACCUGAGAUUGUUAGAAGUAUGGGACUGUAACAGUCUGACAUAUUUGUUCUCACCAUCAAUAGCAAAACUGCUCGUGAUGUUAGAGAAAAUUGAAGUUGGUGAUUGUAAGAAAAUUGAAGAAAUCCUUGCAAGAGCAGGAGAAGAAGAAAAAGAAAAGGACGUUUUGUUCGACAAAGUGAACUCAAUCGUGCUUCAUAAUUUACCAAAUCUGAAGUGUUUUUGCUCUGAAACUAAUGCUUUAAAGUGGCCAUCACUGGAGGAAAUAACAGUGAAUGAAUGUCCUAGUUUAAGCACGUUUAUUCCAUCUAAUCUAAACACACCUAAGCUAGAGGGAGUAUACAAUGCAUUUUCAUGGGAAAAAGAAAGAACGUGUCAUUGGAAGGGAGACCUGAAUGCCACCAUAGAGCACAUAUUCAAAGGAAAGGAAAAGCUGGUGGAUCAUUAGACACAUUAACAAGAGCAAAUUGAGAUUAGUGAGACGGAUGUGUAAUGCUGGGUAAGACAUACAAGUGGUGGUAUCAAUUACAUGCUUUUCAGCCUCAAGUUUCUAAAGAGGAUAUGAUGCUGGCAUAUACAAGUAGAAGGAAGCAUUGUCAUAAAGCUUAUGAGAAACACAUCUAAAGUUUAUGCUCAUUCCAAACAGGGCCUUAUAUUGUUUCUUUUAGUGGUGAAGCUAGCUGGAUCUAUCUUAUGCUAUUUUUGUGUGUGUGUAUUCCAAGAAGACCAUAGUGUGAUUAUAUUCUUGUUUUCGUCUAUGUUCAAUCUUUUAUCCAUAAGACUCCAAAAUUGAAAAAAUUGAGUCUUUAUGA